UGGCCUGGAUGCGGUAGGGGCAUGUCGGGGCCAAACGGAGAGCCGCAGCUCCCCCUGGGGAGGGGCGAGGAGGACGAAGACGGGGGCUUCGGCGAAGCAGAAUAUGCAGCAAUAAAUUCCAUGUUGGACCAGAUCAACUCUUGCUUGGAUCAUCUAGAGGAGAAGAAUGACCAUUUGCACGCCCAGCUGAAGGAACUGCUGGAGUCUAACCGGCAGACUCGCCUGGAGUUCCAGCAGCAGCUGAAUGAUGAGGAAGACUCAGAUGCUGACAUGGGGGGAUCUGAGCCGGACACUUAACGUCUGCCUGCCUACAGCUGGAUAGAAGCUGGUAGAUCCCUGCUGCUUCCAGUUGGCCCAUCCUUGUCCAUGGGUUGGAUGUUAGACUUUAAAAAGAAG